AUGGAUUCUGUAGGAUUUCGCUAUUAUUUGAUGGAGAAUUGGCAACAGAAACUUCGUAUUUUGAUUGAAGGCAUGAUGAUGAUUGCAAUCUUGAAUGGGGCUACAUCGGUCAUGCUUCCGCAUUUCAAACCAGAUCUAUUCUGUUCAGCAAUUCAAGCACAUCAAAUACGUUGGCUAGCCGUAGCUCCGCCCAUAGUCACAUUUCUUGCUAGAAGCCCAAUCUGUGAGAAUUAUGAUCUUUCGUGCCUUCAGACGCUUUUCAGUGGAUCAGCACCUGCUCCUAAACAUAUCUGCUACGAAGUGCUUCAGAGGUACAAGAAUAUCAAAUAUGUGCAACAAGGAUAUGGUAUGUCUGAGACGUGCAUGGUAUCACACUUACCUGAUAUUCGUAAUGGACAACCACCUGGAAGCGUUGGGAAAAUUGCACCGAAUUUGGAAAUGAAGAUUGUGGAUCCAAAGAGUGGUGAUGUGAAAAAACGUGGCGAAAUGGGAGAAGUCUGUGUGCGCGGUCCCACUGUGAUGCUUGGAUAUCAUCGCAAACCUGAGAUGACACAACAUUGCAUUAAAGAUGGCUGGAUGCACACUGGUGACGUGGGUUAUGUAGACGAUGAUGGUUAUCUCUUUAUCGUGGAUCGCAUAAAGGAGCUCAUAAAAGUCAAAGGGUUCCAGGUGCCACCGGCGGAACUUGAGAAUAUAUUGACACAACAUCCAGCAAUAAGCGAAGCAGUGGUCGUUGGUAUCCCUCAUGAUACAAAAGGAGAAGUUCCAAAAGCGUAUGUUGUCCGACAAUCGGACGAUCUUUCCGAGAACGAGGUGAAAGCUUUUGUAGAGGAGCGGGUUUCGCCGCACAAACAUCUAGUUGGUGGUGUUGAGUUCGUACAAGAAAUCCCAAAGAAUACAUCAGGAAAACCCCUCAGGCGAGUUUUACGCGAUCGGAAUAAGAGCUCGUAG